GGUACCGCCUUGGCAAUGAGACGGUGAGAUGGCUCUGGGUGAAUGCUGACUCCGGGGAGGUCACACUCAUGUCCGGAGACCCGGCAGGAGGGACCCACCUGUUGGACGUGCUGGUCGAAGAUGGAGAUGAUCCUUCCUUAUAUGCCAGUGCACGGCUGGUGGUUCACAUUGAAGAUAUUCGUGAAGACCUACUGCCCCCUGUUCUGGAACAUUCUGGAGAUUUCCUGUGUAUGCCACGGGACGAUGGGCAGUUCAUCGCCAUCAAAGCUGUGUAUCGCCAGGAAAGAGGAAACAGAAAUCCCAUCAGCCUCUCCAUCGAUGGCAAAGCCAAGGAGCAAAGGAAGUGGAAGCUCCAUCAGGUUAACGAUUCACAUGCCUUUCUGACAAUUGCCCUGAGCUGGGUAGAUCCAGGGACGUACCAGAUUCCGAUCAUCCUCACUGCAAAAGGGAAACCACCCCAGCGUCACAGCAAUACUCUCACAGUGAAUGUUUGUACUUGCAGUUCCAGAGGGGAAUGCAGGCUCGAGGUUGGGACUAUUCCGGGUAAACCCACUGUUCUGACAACUGUGGUCACCAUUGUUGGCACUUUGGGAGCAAUCGGUUUUUUCCUGAUCAUUGUCCUCGUGCACACGGCUCUAACAGGGAAGCAACGCCAGAAGAGGAAACGCAACCUGAGCUGUGAAUCUGCGCGGUUCCAGCCAUCGGAGUAACGUGGUCUCACUCAGCAUCACCAUCAAAAACCAAUCAGACUGAUCGAUUUCAACAGCCUAUUGAACACGUGCAGAGAACAAUCUGGGGCCAAGUGUACUCUAUGCUUCUUCAUCGAUCACCAGAAGAUUGGGUGAUGCUUUGUUAAUCAAUGAGUUUAGUGUAAUAGGAACAGGAGUGAUACAAUUUAGGUCAAAUGGAAUUAGUUUCAUCAGCUCAUUAUAGAUGUUCUGGAUGUAGGUUUGCUCACUGAGCUGGGAGGUUCAUUUCCAGACCU